UCUUCAGUCAGCUGAAAUUCCUGUGUGUGUUGCUGCCAAUAAAUUAGCGCAUGCGUACUGCUGCUUGGAAGGAGGGGGAGGCCAUCCAUUUCAUUUACGAGGCCUGUGCGAACUCCGCAUAGAGCGAGCGUCCAAACGUCAAAUUGGGAUAUUCUUCUUUUUACGGUAGACAAACUGGAUGCUCGAAAUAACAGACAUCAUCUUCAUGGCCUGCCGCGUUAAGUUGUAAAGACAUCUGGUCAACAUAAAGCGAUCUCUUACGCUCUGAUGGUACCAGCUGACCAGUGACACCUGCCUGAGGACACCUCCCCCACCCCCUUUACCAUGUCUGGGAUCCAGGUGCCAUGGUUGCCUGGCACAGAGUGUGUAGCCAAGUACAACUUCCAGUCGACGAAUGAACAGGACCUGCCUUUCUGUAAAGGAGAUGUGUUGACCAUAAUUGGAGUCACCAGGGAUCCCAACUGGUACAAAGCGAAGAACACAGUGGGCAGAGAGGGAACCAUCCCAGCUAACUACGUCCAGAAAAGGGAAGGGGUCAAGUCGGGGGGAAAACUCAGUCUUAUGCCAUGGUUCCAUGGUAAGAUAACGAGGGAGCAGGCAGAGCUCCUCCUCUACCCCCCAGAGACUGGUCUGUUCCUGGCGAGGGAGAGCACCAACUACCCCGGGGACUACACCUUGUGUGUCAGCUGUGACGGUAAGGUGGAGCACUACCGCAUCAUCUACCACAACGGCAAGCUCAGCAUCGACGAGGAGGAGUUCUUCCAGAACCUCAUGCAGCUGGUGGAGCACUACACUAAAGAUGCCGACGGCCUCUGUACCAGACUCAUCAAGCCAAAGUUGAUGGAGGGAACGGUGGCCGCCCAGGAUGAAUUCUCCAGGAGCGGAUGGGCCUUGAACAGAAAGGAACUCAAGCUCAUCCAGACCAUUGGCAAAGGGGAGUUUGGAGAUGUGAUGGUGGGGGACUACAGAGGGACCAAGGUGGCAGUGAAGUGCAUCAAACACGACGCCACGGCCCAGGCGUUCAUCGCUGAAGCCUCCGUCAUGACGCAACUGAGGCACAACAACCUGGUUCAGCUGCUGGGGGUGAUCGUAGAGGAGAGGGGCAGUCUCUACAUCGUCACAGAGUACAUGGCCAAGGGCAGUCUAGUGGACUACCUCCGUUCUCGAGGACGGACCGUGCUGGGAGGAGACUGUUUACUCAAAUUCUCACUUGACGUAUGUGAAGCCAUGGAGUACCUGGAGGCCAAUAACUUUGUGCACAGAGACCUGGCGGCCCGGAACGUGCUGGUGUCUGACGACAACAUCGCCAAGGUCAGUGACUUUGGUCUGACCAAGGAGGCCUCGUCCACACAGGACACUGCCAAACUGCCCGUCAAAUGGACCUCCCCCGAAGCCCUGCGAGAGAAGAGGUUCUCCACUAAGUCAGACGUGUGGAGUUAUGGUAUCCUGCUAUGGGAGAUCUACUCCUUUGGGCGUGUGCCUUACCCCAGAAUUCCCCUGAAGGAGGUGGUGCCGCGGGUGGAGAAGGGUUACAAGAUGGACGCCCCCGACGGCUGCCCGGUGGUGGUUUACGACGUCAUGAAGCAGUGCUGGACCCUGGACGUGGGGCUGCGGCCCUCCUUCCGCAUGCUGAGAGACAAGCUGUCACAUAUCAGAGCCAAGGAGCUCUACCUGUGAGGGGCAGAGAGGGAAGACACAGCAGACUAGAGCGGAGGGAGGGAGCGUCCAGGCUGGGGGAAACUAACUGGAGCAGGAGCGGAAGUCAUCUGCCUGCUUCACCUGUAGACCACACCCUACCUGAUACCUGACCUGGGACUGUAGUAAACCCUUCCCUGUGUUACCUUCCCUCUCUACUCUUCUGAAAGAAAGGAACAGUGUGUGUUGUAUAGCAUUCUGUCAGCUGGUUGUCUUCCUCUGUUCACUCCAUCGGCCUCCCUCUACCCCCUUCCUCCUGUUCUUCCAGUCUCUCCACUGUGGCAUUGUCACCACCUCAAACUCUUUUCAGAUUUUUCUUCUUUUCCAAAAUGUGAUAAUGGGGAGGCUGGCCUUUUCCUCCACAUGUUCGUCAGGUGCUCUCAAUCUCUCCUCUCUCUGUGCCAUGAUCAUUCCUGUAUCUCUGUUGGGUGGUAGUGUGGUGCUGCAUGCUGUCUGUCCCUCACCCUCCUGUGUGGGGCCUUGCUUGGGGCCUUGGCUCUGUGCCAAAGUGCCUCCAGUAUACAGAGCUCCAGAUCCCCUCAGCCUCCAGAACCUACUCCUCCACUCAGACUAUUCCGUUUUUAUCCCUUUUUUUUUGUCUUGGAGGUUGGUUGUUCAUUUUCUUUGUGAAGUUGUCUCCCUCCGGCUCCAGAACAGGUUCUUCUAUGUCCGUUAAAGAGAACGUGAACAUUUGAGAAGAAAAGAGGCCAGUACAUAAAGAGCCUCAGCUGGGAAGCACCUAUCUCCAACUCAACACAGGACUACAGAACAGGAGAGGGAGGAGCACUUCUCAACAUGGUCGAUUCAUCAUAUGUGGGCUUGUUUUAUAUUUAAAUGAUAAAAAAAAACACAAAAAACUUAAAGAAGCCACGAAAAGACCGACUGAAGGAUAUAAGAAUGUUUUAGUGUCUGUGUGAUGCGAAUGCUGGGGUUGGGUAUGUGCAUGCUGUGCGAGAGGCCUUGGGUUUAACUGUCAGUGCUUUCAAUGUUUAUUAUGCUACCAUGAUUAUGAAUAAAUCAUUCCAUCUGA